GUCAGGCUGUCUGCGGGUCACUGCUGGAGAGAUAAACGGCGGCGAGGUCAAAGUGUCAAACCAUGGAACCGGGACCCUCCGGCGGUUCCUCACCGACGAGUAAGAGAAACGGCGUGAGAGCUCGGACGAGAAUAGACUCACUGGACCAUGAUAUCCUCCAUAUCAUCUUAUCCUUCCUAAAUAUCUUCGACCUCGUUCGCUGCACCGUCGUUUGGAAAUCCUGGAAUGCAGUGGUCAAUAGAUCUAAGUUAUUGCAUUGCAAGAUGUGGCAGAAUUAUUCAGAAUUUUGUAAUGAUUCUAAUUCUUCACGACGAGAAUUGAAUUUGAGUCUAGAAGAGCUAGCUAUGAUGCAUCAUAGCUUAUCUUUGCAAGAAGGUCGUAUUGAUAUUGGUCAGUGGAGAGGUCAUUCAGUUGGGUAACGAUUUUCAACUUCCUUUUUAUUUUGUUUAGGGCUUCAAUUCAGUUGAUAUCUUCUUUAGUUGUUGCAUAUUUGGAGCAGCAAACUGAGUUGCAUUUGGACCCUGAAUCCACAUCCCUUUCCUUUACAUAUUGGAUUAUAUUAUCGAACUUGAUGCAUUGGGGAUUGAAGUGAAUUUCAAAUGUUCCAUUGUCAUGUCAUAAUUUGCUGGAUUUGAUCGCUAUGGACAAUGACAUGAAGGCAAGUUUAGGCUCAGAAAAUGUUUUUGAAAAUCUCUUGAAUGGAAAUCAUCUUCUUAGAGGAUUUAUGGCUUAUUUUCAUCUCCAAACAUGAGUCAUAUAUAGUCUUUAUCCAAUCUAAUCAGAGUUUAAUUUGGUUUAUGCUUCCCUGGAAGAUAGAAAUACAUUGAGAAAAUAUGGAGAACAAGUGCAUUAGCAACUAUUGGAUUAUCUGUUUUGAUUUAGUGCUCUUUGUGGAUCGACUUGCGCAUAGCAGGUUCGUGACUGGUUUCUAGCCUUUCCCUUUGUUAGGAUUGAUCAGUGCCGAAUGAAGAUGGGCUUGCUUCUUACUGGUGUUGGUGAUAAGGUUAUGCAUCUCUGGUCCGUAGACAGAGACAAACGUGUGGAAGAAUAUCCCGUUCCCGAUAAUGUUUCUCUUGUUGACUUUGAUUUUGAUGAGAGCAAGGUAAUAAUGCAUAUGUACAACACCAGUCCCCUUAUCCUCUCUCUCUCACAUACGUUAUGAGCGGUGAACUUUAAGCUGUGA